GUUGUUUUUUAAGAUAUUGUUUUUAAAAUGGCAGCGCUUCAGAAAAGGUAAGUGUUUGCAUAUUUUUAUCAGGCUCUAGUAAUCGUUCUAGGUUUCUAAUUAUGUAAUUUAUAGUUAUUAAAGGAUCUCGCUGACGAAGAUCAAUAAAUAAUGGCCAAACAAUCGAUAUUUUUAUCAUAAUUAAGUUUAAAAUGGAAACUAUUUGAUUCGACAAGUGGUGUCAUAAAAAUAUGCAUGUCAUUGCAUGUCCCGUCAGAAAGGGUAGGGUAAUUUGCUACAAAUAUAAAAUUACAAUGGUUGAUAAGAGACUAAUGAAUCGAUCGCAAAUUAAAAAUUUAAAAAAAAUUAACGUUCUAAGUUUAUACUUAAACGUAUUAAUUUUUCAGUAACGACCUUUAAACAACUUUUUUUGGUACACCUUAUGACUUAUGACAUAUGACUGUGAAGUUUUCUUCCACAUUUCUUGACCCAAUAGUUUUCUUGGGGGGUUUAUAAGUUAUUGAAAAUUAGUAACUUAGUACCGAUAGAGAAAUUAUGUUCUACAUGUCGAAUAUUUUUGGGCCUUUUACUCUUGCCAUGUCAGGGCUUUUCCCCCAUUUUUGCAUGACCAGUUUUUGGCCAAUAGAAUACCUUUUAUGCAGCAAGAUUAGUGUAUUUCAUAUCAAACUACAAGCAAUUAGACAGACAAUAAUCAUAUGUAAAAGAUAAAACAAUAAGAAAAUAAUGGAUUAAAUGGUAUAGGUAAUAUUUUGAGAUUAAGUUUUUAUUUUUUAAUGCGCACCAAAUCUUAUCUUGUCAGACUACACUAUGGUAUGUGUCAUUGGUAUUCUAUUCUGCUUCAAUCAUCAGAAAGUGUAUCCACUUUUUAUAAGAAUGAAUUUUACAUAUUAAAAAAAUCCAUUUAGUGACAGACUUACACACAUUGUGUAACCUUGUCAACAAAACAAAACAGUUUCUUCGAGUAUGUAUAUAAACAAAAAUAUCAAACACAUUAUUCACAAAAUACUUUAGUUUUGUACACAUUUCUUUAUGGGUGGCCUUUCUAAACCACACUUUAACAUGCAUAUGAGGCCUUCCUGUCCAUCCGAUGCACUUAUAGCAGUUUGCACAAUGUCAAUCAUGCCUGUUGCAGUCAAGCAGAUGCUUCUUUUCCCUGAGACUCUCGUUUACAGGUACAGGGUUUGCUUUGUUGAGCAAUAGGUAAAUGUUUCAUUGCUUCUGUGCUUUAGGAACUAUUAUUCUUUCAUUUUUUCCUGCCUAAUUUCCUACUUCUCUUUGCAAGAACAGGAGUAGCAUUAGGUGCAUCCUGAUGUGCUGGGUGUGGGCGUGGCUAUUGUUUCGUUUACAAAACUUUCAACACAAAUGGAAGAUAACGUCUCAACUCUUUGAAAACGAAUGACUCAAACUAUACUAAUAACAGGAAAUAAGUAGGGGGAGUUAUCAUUCAUUUGAGAAAAAACAAAUUAGAAUUGCAAGCAGCCCGUAACGAGAGAUCCAUUACACAAAUUAAAUCGACGAUAGAUGACCAAUUGCACAGAUGCGGCCAGACAAAUCGAUGAUAUAUCAUUGAGUGGGAAGUAAAAAGUUUAAAAUAAUACCUUAAUAAACAUUGAAGAAAUGUGAAUUAUUGCGCAUUUUUUAUUUAGCAGGCUACAUUGAAAUUAAAAUCUUUUUUAUAAUAUCAAAGAAACUGAAUGUCAUUUAACAAAUAUUUUAUUUAGGUAUACAAAUAUAAAUAAACAACGGUAUUUAAAGAAAGGAAAUGAGCGAAAAACACUUUUGGGAAAACCUGAAGGAAAAAGAAUAUGCCAAAAAAAAAUGAACCUGGGGAAAAAUAAAAUUUGUCAGAAUGAUUAAACUGUAUUAUCUCUCCGUCAGGAAAAUUUAAGUCUUGAAAUUCAUCCGAUUAAAAAGUCAAAAUAAAAUUAUUCGAUUUUUUUUUUCUGUUCAAUUGAAAAUUUAAAGUUUAUAUCUUUUAAAUACUUUUUUCAAGUAUACAUAAAUUUAAAUUUCAUAUCGCAAUAUUAACAUAGCAAUAAAUAAAACAACCGAUAAAUGAGAUUAUGACCGAUUAUGAAUUAAUAAAUUUAAAUAAUAGCUUUAGCUCUAUGAUAAUACUCUAUACUAAAAACAAUAUCGUAACUUUAAAAAUCAGAUAAAAUGCUUAAAAUAUAACUUAAAUGAAAUUCUUAAUAUAUUUAUAAUGAUAAUGCAAAUAACAUGUAACUAAAAUAUAAGUAGGUGUAUUUAAUUUUUAUGAUCUUAAAUGUAAAAAAAUCAAGUAAAGUAAAGGAAAUUUAUAUCUAUGUUUGUAAGACUCAGAACUAAAUUAAAGCGUUUAAUUUGAGUGUUUUUUGGUCAUCCUAUAUAUAUAUAUAUAUAUAUAUAUAUAUGUUUGUAUAUAUAUAUAUAUAUGUAUAAUAUGUAUAUUAUAUAUAUAUAUAUACAUAUAUACAUAUAUAUUAGUAGCUCUUAUAAUAAGCUAAAAUUGUAUGCCAGCUUUUGCAGUAAAAUUUCACACACAUAACUAUUCAGAUUCAAUACAUAAAGUACAGCUAUUAUAUAGUGCGUGUGUUUCAUAUAUAUCUUAAUCAAAAAAGUCAAAAUUUAACUUUGUUUUACAAAAUCAUACUUCAAUCUGCCCAACAAAUGAGCACAAAUUUGACAACACAUGAAUGAAACACUUUUCAAAGUUACAUUAUGACGCGUUAUUUGCUUAAAUUCAGUUUUAAUAAUAAUCAAAACUCUUUUUAAGAUUUGGUAGAAUGUAAUACGUCAUGUAAACUCUUAAGAUACUGAGGUCGUUUAGUCUUAUUCACUCAAUGCUUUUAGUUGCAACGUAAAUAAUUUAAUUUGAAUUAAAUUAAUUUGCUUAAGGAACUACAAAAACGCAUGGCAUUAACUAACAGCAAAACACGUAGUUUUUUAUUUCAGCAAUGUUACUAUUUUAAUUACAAUGUUAGCCUAUUAUAUACAUAUUAUUAUUUAUAUCAUAAUUUAAAUUAAGUAUACUUAAAAAUGGUCAGAUUUUGAUGGUUUCUAUCUGUACACCAAGUUAGCUUUUGAAGGUUUUAAAAAGUAAUAUAAUAAAUAAAACGGCUUUGAUCUGUUGUAAAAGAUACUAUCUUACGUAAUACAUUUGUUUGAGGCACCAUUUCCAUUUUUCUAUAUGAGAGUAAGACACAGUGUAAGACACCCACAUGUAUGCUUCUUCUCUCACAAACACACACGUGUAUGACACACUGUCGUUAAUAGAAACUGAAAGUGCUACCCUGCUUAGUACACAUUUAUCAAACUGCUUGUACAAUUUUCCUAUGUAUGACUCCAGCCGUAAGAUAUAUUUUUUAGACUUUAAUCAAAGAUAUUUGUCAUUGUUAAAUUUAACUUAGGAACAUAAAUAUCAACCAAAAUCACUUGGUUUUUAAGUCAAAGGCAUUAGAAAAUAGUGUAAACAAGUUUGUCAUUUAUAGAGAUAAUCAUAUUUCGUGUAACCAAGUUAUAGACCCAUUUACGGUUUGUUUUAAUAUUGCUUUUUCAAAUCAAAAACAAAAACGAAUUUAACCUAAGUUCCUUGCAAGACGACAAGAAUUUAUUUCUUUUCUUUUCUAAAAUGAAUUCGCCAAACAGUCAGCAGUCUUUAUUUUAGUUUCCGGAAUAGUAAGGGGACAAGUACCUACCCACUGAUGGGUGAGGGAGGUUAUCGAUUAUGAAGAUUUUUCGUACACGUGCAAUUUUCGGGGAAGGGUGAUGGUCUCGGCAGAAAGUACUUGCUUUUAAACACGUUCUUCUUGUGGUGUGUGUCCUCUAUUCCUGAGUAGAAUGUUUCAAAAUUAAAUGUUAUGGUAUGGAAACACUGUUUAGCCAUUCAACAAGUAAUAAUCUCAAAACAAACAAUCCUAAAAAACCAUAGAAUAAUGUUAUCAUAGCAAUUACAAAUCUUUAACAUAAAAAUCUUAAUCUUCAUCUCCCAACUCAUGGAAACCACUCUCCUCCUCAACAAAAGCAAAAUAUUCAUUAAACUUAUAGCCUGAGAAAUGUCUGCUCUUAGAGAUCGAGUGCUGACAGAUUACAUAAUAUUAAUAAUUAAAUACAGCCAAAGUUUUCUCAACAAAGCCCACCACAGGGAAAAAGCUCACCUCUUCCAUUUCUUUCCUUUGAUAUAUUGUUCAUCAACAUUAAAUUCUUGUAAUAAUAACAACCAACUUAUUAUUCUGGAAUUUGUAUAUCCAGUGGUUCUUAGAUACUUUGGAGCUUGGUGGUCACAUUGUAAAAUGAAUUCGAUCCAUCAAAUAAUACGCCAAUUUCCGAAUGGCCCAUAUUACCGCUAGACAGUCCAUUUAGAUCGUCGAGUAUCUUUUUUCUCUGUCCAUUAACUUUCGACUUAUGAAUUUGACUGACUGGAUGAUAUUUUCUCUAGUUUGGAAUAAAGACGCCCAUAUACCUUUUGUGGAAGCGUCAGUUCUAAAUGUAAAAGUUUUUUUUUUAUCGUUUGGUAAUAUUAAAAUAGGCUUACUAGUUAAUUACUUUUAAAUUGUGUCUACUGCCUGUUGGCAUUCGCCCGUCCAAAUGCUAUUAUUCGGUGUUACCAUUUUGUGUCAGGUCCAUCAAAGGUGCCAUACGUGUAGACAAGUUGGAUAUUAACUUAUUGUAAUAAGAAAUGAGACCCACCAAACUUCAAACUUGUUUCUUGGUCUUUGGGUUCUCUAUUGUCAACACUUUAUUUAAAUUGUUGUCGUCCGGUUUUAGAGAUCAACCUCCUACCGUGUGUACCAAAAAAUUAAUAGACUUUUUCCCAGCUCCAAUUUACUUGGUUUAAAGAUAAAUCCUGAUUCCUUCAGGAUAGUGAAGACUUGCCUUAGGACCUUAAUAUGAGUUUUCCAGUCCUCUGUAUGUAUGCAAAUGUCAUCAAAAUAUGUCACUACGUGAUCUAACUGCCCGAAGAGUUUCCUUAUUAUCCUGUUAAAUGUUGCCGGGGCGGUAGCUAAUCCGAACGGCAUAUAUUUAAAUUGAUAAAAUCCUUCUGGUCUAUGAAAAGCAGGUAAUUCUUUACUAGCGUUGUGUAUUGGUAUCUGCCAGUAGCCCUAAGUUAAGUCUAGUUUACUAAAAAAACAAUGCUUUUGCCAUGUGAGCUAGUGUCACAUCCUGAUUUGGAAUAACUUUAGCGACGGUGCUAGUCACAGCAUUAAGUCUCCUAAAGUAAACACAAUUUCUUAACGAGGCAUCUUCCUUAUUUUAUUAACACUAAAGGUAAAAAAUAGGAUGAGUUGGAAUCUUCUAUGAUUCUUAGGUCCAACAUUACUUUAAUUUCUUCCUUUAGCUUUCCCCUCGUAUGAGCAGGGAUAAUGUAGGGUUUUAAACUAAACGGUUUUUGAUCUAACAGUUCAAUUUUAUGUUCUCCUAUUGUUGAUUUUACUGGAAUAUCAGAAAUUACCUAUUGAAAUGUAUGCAGAAUCUUCUUUAUUUUUUCGAUCUGUUUAUCAUUUCAUUCCGUUUUAAUGCCUACCUCUGGGGAUUCAGCUACGUUUAUUGUCAGCACAUUCGGUUCUUCCUCAACUGGGUCUGUACAGUCCUCCGCUAUCACUACGGCCACACCGCCAUGGUUAACGUUAAAUUUGUUAUUCUCCUCAUUAAUAGUUGAUUUAUCUAUUUCAAAAUACUUGACAAUCCUAUUGAGUGAAUACACUGUCUUCUUCUACUCCUUUUUAACCUCAACAUCAAUUUUUGAUAUAAUUCUAUUUGCUUUAUACGGUCCCUCUAAAUGCAAUAUUAAGUUGUUUCCCUUCAUUGGCUCAGUAAUAACAAUGUGUCGCCUAUUUGAAUAUCUUUGACCACUACAUUGCGGUCAAAAUACAAUUUAUGUUUUGCUGUCUUAGCCUUUCUGUUUGCUUGAGCCUCUUCUAAACCGGUUUUCAAUCUAUUCCUCAAAUCAAUAGUGUAUUCAUAUAUGAUUGUAUUUUCUUUCUUAAUAUUUUCCUUUUUAAAUAACGUUUUAUUAUGGACAUUAGGCCUAUUACUUUUCUAUCACACAUUUAUUCAAAUGAUGAAAUUAAUGUCGUCUUAUUGGGAGAAUCCCUGUAGGCAAAAAGAACGGCCGGUUAAACGAUAUCCCAGUUUUCGUGUUCAUUUUUAGCUAUUUUGCUUAACAUAUUAAGGAGUUCACACACCUGCCGUGUAACUCUGACGAAAAUUUGGGCCCAUUAUCUGAAAAGAUUACUUCAGGAAAGCCCCUGUUUGUAAAAAAACAGUAACUAGUGCUUCACAUGCAUCUUUUGUUGUCACAUUUUCGAUGGAAAUACCUUAGGCAAUAGGGUGGCAAUGUCAAUAUUCAAGUAUAUAUCUACUUGUCUUAGUGCCCAUUUGUAAGAGUACAACACGAUCUGUUGCCUCUGUUUGGAAGGGUACCCCGAUGACUUGCUUAAUUCCUAACUCUAUGGGUUUAAAACUACCAGCAGGUCUAGCUUUCUGUCAUUUGGGACAUGUUUUAACAUAGUUGGUGAUUUCUUUGUUCAUGUUUGACCAAAACUUUUCCAACAAAAUGCGGCAUUUUGUCCUCCUGACGGACAUGUGUCCAGCAAAAGAUGACUCAGGAGCAGUUUUUAAUACUAUCCGCCGGCAUUGUAAAGGUAAAACUAAUUUUCUGUCAACUUUACCAAUAAUUUUUAUACAAGUACUCAUUUCUUCUUUGAAACAUGAUGAGUCCUUUUCUUAUAUGUUCCACGCGAUUAGUUUUUGCUUUAUCCCAAUAUUUAUGCAAUUCGUUGUCAUUCAUGUGUUCCUCUUUCAAGUUCAUAUUUUCUGGAAACCCUUGUACUGGCCCUGCACUGAUUAUACUUUUUCUUAACCUAUCUUUCUCCCUUUUUCUUUUACUCUGUGCUCUCGUCAAUACAUUUCCAUAUUGAUAUAAUGCUUUCUGUGUGUCUUCUCCUACAUUCCCUACAAACAGAUCGGCAACUGGGAUCUCGAAAUGGGCGAUUAAAAAUGGGCGUUUUAAAUAUAAAUAUCCGUGUCCACAUAUGCAGUUUUGUAACUCUUUAUUGUCCCGUCUAUAAGUCUCAAUUUAUAAUUUACAUCCGUAAACUGUUGCCUAGGAACUAAACCCUUUUCUGCACUCAACUAUUGUGCAUCCUGUAUUCUUGAGUAUGGAAACCUCCUUCCCAUAUAAUUUCCCAUUUUCUAAAAAUAAUCUCCCUGUGGAAUUCCCACGCAUGUGCUCUGCCAUGCUAACUGAAUGCAUUUUCCCUAACAAUGGUUUAGGUGUAUUCCUAUUACCGUUAUACCGUCCUUUUCUUCGUGAUUUAUCCUGUGCAGAAGGCUAGUCUCGCAUCUAUGGAGGGGCACUGGAAGAAUACUUUUUCCCGAAACGCAAGUUUUAUUAUUACAGACAGAAUAUGUCAAGGUUUUUCUUAUGUCAUUUAGAAAUUCUUAAUUUCUCUUUCAGAAUGUCAGUUCAACAACAAACUAGCAAACAAGACAAACAUUCAAAGCCUAACUUUGAAAAAGGUACUGUCAACAUUUCCAAUAAUGAAAUGUCAAACAAAAAUGUGUUUUUUGAUUUCUUAACAUGGUUGACAGAGAAGUCCGUGGUUGAGGCUAAAGAAUUCUAUAGAAGCAAUUACCCAUAUUUUGAAACUAAUAAAAGAAAUAAAGACGAUUUUAAAAGGGCGUCUUCAAACGUUAAGAAUAUCCAUUUUUUGGAUUUUGAAAACCAAGGUAAUUUUUUCAUGAAAGAUGAUUUGUACAAUGGCCUAGACAUGGAUAACUCCAUAAUCCUUUUAGCUAUUAAUGCCACCUGUGACAUAUCUCAUUUGGAAAAUAAAUAUGAAUGUUACAAAAUCCUCAAAGAAACAAAUAAGGUUUUUGUAGUGAGAGCAGUUGGCAUAUUACGCAAUGCUGCUGAUGUGUGUCUUUUAAAUGCAAUGAUAGAGUGUCAUAAAACUCUAUCAAAAGAUGUACAUUUUUUUCUUUACUCAGGUGAUACAUUAUUUAAGGACUUUGAAACGUGUCACUAUUUUCGUGGACGAACUUAUCAAAUAAAUCAAUAUCCAAUUCAACAAACUAUAAUAACCGAAAUUCAAACAAGUAGUUUGUUACGAAAUUUUGAUAUUGAUGAAGAUUCUAUUUUACAAUUAGAAUUAGACCAUAUACUUUUUUGGGAUAUUGAAAAAAACAUACAAUUCUUAGAAGUUCAAGACCAAAAAAAAAAUUUAAAACAACUAUGGGAGGGAAAUAUUUUAAUCCUAAUAUGUUGUAGUCAAAAUUAUAACAUACCUGACUUGGGGAGACAAUUUGAAAGCUAUACAAAUAUAAAUAGGGAAAUUAAGGUUCUUAGUAAUAGCCAUUCUCUUCACGUGAUAGAAGAUAUUUUGGAGGUAAUGGGAAAGCUUCAUAGGCUUUGUCCAAUUAAUGUAAACUUUUCUGUUCUCUCAGAUAAAAAAAGCCUAAAGAAAGUUAAUGCUUUCAAAGAUUUUCAGGGACGAAGAGUUACCAAAAAUGCAAUCACAAUAUUCAAUUAUUAUUUAAUUGAAAUUUUUAGGCAAAAAGACAAUGAGAUUUGUAUAUUCGACCCAUUGGACGGUUUCGAGAUUAAACCUCCAAGACAUACUCUUAUACAAACUAUUAAAUGCAGACUUACAUGUGAAGUUUUACCUAAAAUAAUAGAUGCUGUUAAAUUUUAUGCAAACACAAUGUCAGAGAUAGUUAUU